CCAAAUUACUUGCAUAGAUUGAUUUCAUUUCAUCAAAAUUUAAGUUUAACUCGUAAUAGGUAAUAGCACGCAAUUGAUGCAAGGCCAUCAGCAAAAUAAUGGACGUGAUGAAAGGGACCGGAUAGCGUGACAACCCCUAAGGGGUUGUCAAUCUCGCUUCCCCCCUCAGUGCCGUUCAUUCUCCUUCUUCAUCCGACGGUCAAUAUCACAGGAAGGCUUUCUAGUAAUUACCUAAUUCUAAUAAUUUUGAAUUAAAACUUAAUUCUAUGGAGAGAAUCUCGCAACGUAAUUAGGGGAGUGGAAGAGGCAGUUUUGGUUGUGACUCUUUCCAUUUCAUUUUUGGCUUCCCCCUCGUCAAACCAGACCCCUCAUCAAGCUAUGGAAAAUACAGCGACACCGCCGCCGCCAUACAAUGGACGGCUACAUCAGCAAAGACGAUGGCGGAGAAUGGGGUGGAGCAAAACCUACGUGUAUAUUUGGGUUCGACCUGAACGUCCCAUUGACAAGCAACGACGAGGAUAUAUACGACUGUGUAGCUGAGCCGACGGACCCGAUGGAGAAUGGCGAUGAUGUGUGCAUGGUGGACGUUGACGACAUUCUGGACGUGGAGGAGACAGUCAAAGAAGAUCAUCCUAAACGAUACGAAAACACGGACAACAUCCAAUAUAAUAUGGCCUCAACGUGGAGAACAACGACGAUUUCGUGUCGCAUUCUCGCAAUCGCGUUUUUUAUGACGACGGCGUGGCGGAGAAUGGCGUCGACGACAACAAUGAUGGUAGGGUGAACUUGUGCCGUUACAAUUUCCAUUGCAUUUGUACCAUUUUACUAGUGGUAUAAAUAUUGUUUUGGAAAAAAUGUAUCAGUAGUUAUGGUUCAAGUUAGCUAGUAGUAGUAUUAUUGUAGUGGUAGGCUCCUAGUGGUACCCACUUAGUGGUAGACACGUAGUCAUCUAGUGGUACUCCCUUAGUGGUAGUCAUUUAGUCGUAGUUAGUGGUACUUCCCUAGUGGUACCGGGAUACCGAUAAAAGGUUAAAUCGUUCGCUUUGAUAAUGCAUCUGUUCUUUAAAUACAGACUUGGUAUCAAACAUCGUUCCAUCAGAUAGUUGAACAUGGAAUCACUUGUGUUUCCAGAACCAGGAUGAAUUUACACGUUUCUACAAGAGUUUUGCUCAUGAAAGAGGCUUCUCGUCUAGAGUUGUUGGAGGAGUUAAGAAGAAAAGGUCAUACUUCCCCGAACUAUUCGUUUUCUAGUUUGGAGGUUCGUGCAACACACAAGGGAACAGAAAAGGCAGCAGACUUGACCCAAAAAAUGCAUAAGAGGUCGUGGACUCAGAGCCUCCAAAGGUCGUGAACAAGGGUACAAAAAAGGCAGCAGGCUUGACCCGAAAAACGGAGAGGGUCAUGAACAAAAAAAGGGGAAAAACAAAACCUCAAUAUUGUUUGUCAUUUAUCUCGUUAGAUGUUUCAAUUCAAAUUUGGUUCAUGAUACAAUCAAACUUGUCCCUUGUGGAAGAUAUUACGUUAUUCAGAUGAGGUUUUGUUGUAUUUAUACUUUUUUUGUCUAACAUUAGAUAACCAUUUUAAAGUGUUCUCCACUAGUUACUAGUACAAGUACCACUAGUAAUUACUUGUAUCAGAAAUAUUAAGUCUGGUACUGGUACCACUAGUCGUUUCUGGUACUUACCAGUACUAGUUACUAUUACACGUACCACUAGUACUUAGCAGUACUAGUUACUCCUACAUGUACCACUACUAGUCCGUGUGUAAUUAGAAAAGCAAGCAAAUUAGUGUCGUAACACAAAACCAUAUUAAGUGUUUCACCAACAUUAGGGGUUUUCUUCAACAAAAAUGGUUCACAUUUAAAAAUGCUCCACAAAUGCUUCGCAAGAGAACUAAUAGCCAACAAAUGCAUCACAAGAGAACUAAAAAAAAGUGCUUCACAGAGAACUAAAAGCCAACAAAAGCUCAAACUUUGUUCAUACUCCAAAACGUACAUAAACCAAUAGCAUACUCCUCGAACUCUGGAAAAGAACUACUGCUUCCCGAACUAGCUUGCGCUUGUUCCUACUUUUUGUUUCUUCUUCUUCUUCUCGCAUGGACACUUCAUUAACUCAUCUCGUGGCCGUUUCUUACUAGGGCCUGAAUCAGAGUCAGAUGACUCCCUUUCACGGAUGACAACUUGCUAAGAUUCAUAGGUUGAGGUUGUUUUCCUGUAGGUUCUUUUUUCUACCGGUUGCUCUUUUGUCAUCGACACGUAGCAUGGAGUCUUUGUUCUCGCCAUUCAUGGUACCAAAAUAACAAAACUACAUUGUUAGA